AUGCCGUGUGUUUCUCAAUGCCUGGCGAUAGCCCUAGUGGCUGCUGUGGCUACUUCUGCGUCCCCGUCAGUCAACGUAGGCAUGAACGCUGCCUUUCCUCGUGGACCAUAUCUACUUGAACUCCUUGAAACUGCUGCUGAAGAAAACUCGACCGCAUACUUCCCACUUCUCGAUAAGAUUGCCAGCGGUCACUUUGGAUCAGCCUCUUCGGACGCAGAGCUCUACGAUCAAUUUCUCGAGGUUCUCCAACAAAGCGGGCAUAUCACCACACCCGAUGCGCUUUCAACUUUCAAGCUUUCUCUGUCGUUACGUGCUGCUGCGCCGCGGAUUGAAGCACACUAUCAAUACUACAUUACGGCUGUUGAUCCCAAGACCAAAAUCGGCGACGCCGACGACUGCCAAACUUGGGCCUUCAUAGACAAUAAGAAAUACUGUUCCCCAGCACUUGAUACAGUGGUAGACAGCGACCUAUCUGCUAAACAAUUGAACGUGUUGCCUUUUGAUCGAGUUCUGGGUCUUGGGAAGGAUGCUGUCCUCUAUGCAGACCCUACAUCUGCCUCUUUCGGCCCCUUUCACGAUUCCCUUUCUAGAGCUGCGAAGCAGGGCAGUCUCUCAUACCGAUUGCGAUAUCGCCGAAGUUCUGGUAUUCCUGCCACUCCAUUGUCUGUGAGCGGCUACGGCGUUAAACUGGACCUGAAGAGAACAGAUUACAUCGUUCUUGAUGACCGCGAGGCAGACCACAAAGGUCAAAAGCCUAUCGCAAACGAUGUAGAUCUUGACGCAGACGAAGAGGUCGCUGAUUUGAAACCCCUCUCCACUUCCGAAUUGGCAUCCUUAGGCUUAAAGACCGCAUCAUUCAUUCUGAAGAAUGAGAAUCCUCUUGAUUCUUUGGUUAAAUCAACUCAGGACUUUCCCAAAUUCUCGGGGUUCAUUGCUGCACACGAGGUUACCAAAGAAUUUGCUGAUGAGCAGGAAAAGAAUGUGGCUGGUGGUAUCCCUAGCGGUAUCAACUUUAUCUGGAUGAAUGGCGUUCAACUUAUUGAGCGCCAAAUUGAGCCCUUCAAUUUGGUUGAGAUGAUACGACGUGAGCGCAAGCUUAUCGAUGGUGUCCGCGAACUUGGCUUUAAUGGUCAACAAGCCGUUUCACUCUUGGGCCACCCUCAGAUUGCUAGUUCCAAAGCCGAUGACGAAGCCCCUCGAUUUGACUGGACUGAUCGAUUGGAGGAUGAUAAGGCUCUUAUAUGGCUCAACAACCUCGAGAAGGACCCUCGCUACCAAAAGCUUCCAAGCGAUUUAACAGCGUUGCUCCAACGCACAUAUCCUGGGCAGCUCCCACAGGUCGCACUCAACCUCUUCCAUAUCGUUGCGCCUGUAGACUUCACAAAUAUUGAAGAUGGAAGAGCUUUUGGCCAGUUGGCACAGUUCAUGCAACGUGGAGUUACCUUGCGCUUCGGCAUUGUUCCCUUGGCGACUACCCCUACCGCUGCCGCUCAAGCUAAGGUUGUUUACCAUUUGAUGGAAACAUAUGGGCUUGAGGCUCUCAUAACUUACUUACAAGAAAGUGAAGAAGGACCUGACGGCGCAGCUAAUAAGAGGGCAUUCUCCAGGACGAUUGAUGAUCGAGAACCGGUCCCAGGCGCUUCCAAGAUGUCCUUGAGUGAGGUUCUCGAAGCUGAGCCUUAUGUGCAAAGGGUCAAAGCUAGCCAGGCUUGGGCGAGUCGACUCAAUGCAGAUACUACUGUGCGGCCUGUUUUUGUCAAUGGUCUAGCUAUUCCACGCGAAAACAACUGGGUACAGACGAUGGGUCAGCGACUGUCUGAUGAUCAACAAGUCAUCCAAAAGGCUGUGUACUUUGGACAAAUUGAGGAGGGAAUGCCAGUUUCGGGCCUGUUUCUCAACACUGCUCUUUCCAAGAGAAACACUUACAUAUUUCCUGAUGACGACAAAGCUCUUCGCAUCCUCGAUGUCAACAAGCUUUACACAGACUACACAGGAUUGUUCGGCAAAAUCGCCGUUCUUCCCGCUGAUGCUAAGGCUGCCAAAGCAGAUUGGGCUGUCUUUACAGUCGUUGCUGAUCUCAACACGGAUGAUGGCCAAGAUCUCCUCGUUGCUGCACUUGAGUUUAAGCACAAAAGCCCGGGUGUUCGACUUGAUCUUAUUCACAAUCCUUCGUCCCCUACGGAUGCCCAUGCCAUUAAUAGCGCAUUCAAGGUGAACGAAGGUAGACUGAGUGAAAUGAGGAACAAGGAUGAAUUAAAAGCCAUUCUUGAAGCAUCAUGGACAUCUGAAGAUGAGGGUUUCGGUACUGCACUGGCUAGCUUCCUCUCGAUGGCGAACAUUCGACCAGGAACGAAAGGAUUGUUACUCAACGGCCGGGUGGUUGGUCCCUUACCAUCCAAUGUUUCGUUCAAGAAUGACGACUUGCAGCAGCUCUUGGAAUUUGAGCAGCGCAAUAGGAUUCUUCCUGUUUAUGCUGCGAUCGAGGAGCUAGGUUUCACUGAUAGGCUGCUUGAUCCAAUUGCGGCCGCAAAGCUCACCUCUAUCACAGCGCUUUCUACUAUUUCCGAUCUUCCUCAAGGAAUUUUCGAGUCAGCUCCGUCAAUUCGGAGCACUCUCUAUACCACUUGGAAUUCAACGCAUACUGCUAUCGAGGUUGGCAACCCAGAGACUGCCAGCAUUCAUAUCGCCGGUCUCUUGAACCCCAUCAGCGAGCAGGGUCAGAGAUGGGCACCCAUCCUCAAAGUCCUGUCAGAGCUUGAUGGGGUUUACCUCAAACUUUUCAUGAACCCGAAGGAGGUAGUAGGAGAGCUCCCCAUCAAGCGGUUCUUCCGUUACGUACUCAACUCGAAGCCAUCUUUUGACAAGACUGGUCACGUUCAGAGUCCCAAAGCUACUUUUAAGGGUCUGCCUUCGGAGGCUUUAUUGACAGCAGGCAUGGACGUUCCUCCAGCUUGGCUGGUAGCUGCCAAGAAUUCGGUCCAAGAUCUGGACAACAUUAAACUCAGCUCUGCUAAGGCAGACAUUGAUGUGACCUACGAGCUUGAGAAUAUUCUUAUCGAAGGCCAUUCUAGAGAUGGCAAGCGAGGUGCGCCCAGGGGUGCUCAAUUGGCCUUGGCAACCGAAACAGAUCCUCUGGUAACAGAUACCAUCGUCAUGGCCAAUCUGGGAUACUUCCAAUUCAAGGCUAAUCCCGGCUUCUACAACAUACGGCUUAAAGAGGGCCGUAGUUCCAAGAUCUUCUCUAUCGAGAGUGUCGGCGCACAAGGUUAUGCAGCUGUUCCUGGAGACGAGGGUACGGAGGUUGCUCUGCUAGACUUCAAGGGCACGACUCUGUAUCCACGCCUCAACCGAAAACCAGGUAUGGAAGAAUUGGACGUCCUGGAGUCGCCUGACAAGGAAGAUAAAGGCAUUGUCGCAAAGGGCCUCAAAUUUGCCGAAGGUCUCAUCGGAGGUACCAAGUCACCUAAGGAAAUAUCAGCUCAAGAACAUGCUGAAAUCAACAUCUUCAGUGUUGCAAGUGGUCAUCUGUAUGAGCGCAUGCUCAAUAUCAUGAUAGUGUCGGUGAUGCGAAACACCAAACAUACAGUCAAAUUUUGGUUCAUUGAGCAGUUCCUCUCACCCUCAUUCAAGGAAUUCAUCCCCCAUAUGGCAGCCGAGUAUGGGUUCAAGUACGAGAUGGUCACUUACAAAUGGCCUCACUGGCUUCGACAACAAAAAGAGAAGCAGCGUGAGAUCUGGGGAUACAAAAUAUUGUUCCUCGAUGUAUUGUUCCCCCUUUCCCUUGACAAAGUUAUUUUCGUCGAUGCGGAUCAAAUCGUUCGCACUGACAUGAUUAACCUUGUGAACCAUGAUCUUGAGGGUGCACCGUACGGUUUCACUCCCAUGUGCGACUCGCGUACUGAGAUGGAAGGGUUUAGAUUCUGGAAGCAGGGCUAUUGGGCAAAUUAUCUUCGCGGACUGCCGUAUCAUAUAUCAGCGCUCUACGUUGUCGACCUUAACCGCUUCCGCCAACUCGCUGCAGGAGACCGUCUUCGACAGCAGUACCAUGCACUUUCAGCUGAUCCCAACAGCUUGUCCAACUUGGAUCAAGAUCUUCCAAACAACAUGCAGUUUACAAUCCCAAUCCAUAGCCUGCCCCAGGAAUGGCUCUGGUGCGAGACGUGGUGCAGUGACGACAGCCUAGCCAAGGCACGUACUAUCGACUUGUGCAAUAACCCACAGACGAAAGAGCCCAAGCUUGACCGCGCAAGGAGACAAAUUCCAGAGUGGACUGUGUAUGACGAUGAGAUUGCGGCGCUAGAUCGUCGACGCAAGGGUGUUGAGGACAACAAGGAUGAGAGUAUCAAAAACCAGGCAGUAGAGGGAGGAGCACAUAGAAAGGAUGAGCUUUAG